AUGGAGUCAAAGGCUGCGGAACUCCUGGCUGCUUUCAAAAAUCCCAAUCUCUCCACUGACGUCAAAGUUUCUCAUCUCACCGGAAUCAAGUCUGAUAUCAAACAAAAAAAUGUCCCAGAGGGUGCCAUUCAGACCAUUUUCGAUGCGCUGAAGCUCGCCAUCACCUCACAACACUCCUCCGUUGCUAGCGCGGGAUUUUCCACAUUGGGCCACCUACUGAAGCGCCUAACGAUCCAAGACCAGCAGCAAUGGAUUCUUUCGCAGUCACGCAGUCUCUAUCCGAUAUUAUUGGACCGACUUGGUGAUCAUAGGGAGCGCGUACGAGCUCAGUCUGCAUCAAUAUUUACUGACCUAUGGCCCCUUGCGAACGAUGAGGUCGAAUAUAAUGUUCUUCAAUGUGCUCUUGUGGGCAAAAAUGCUCGCGCCAAAGAAAUGAGUCUACUUUGGUUGUCGAAUAUGACCAGAAACCAUGGCUUGAUGUUCCGUCAGUAUGUACCUUCCCUGGUUGCGUGCUUGGAGGACGCCGACAGUGCCGUUCGAGAUACGGCAAGAUUAGUCGUCGUCGAACUUUUCCGAAAUGCUCCUGCUCGGGCAAAAUCCGAUUUACAAAAACAAUUGGUUGCUCGGGGAGUGAGAAAAUCAAUUUCGAGUUUUAUUAUUUCCGGCAUUGGACUUAGCGCUGCGGAGCCUGAGAGUACAACUCGGCCCGUUUCCCGAGUUGAUCGGCCAAUUUCAGUGAUGUCCUCGCGUUCACGCGCCGUGGAUGUAACGGACGAUGCGAGAGCCCCCAAGGGUCGACCAGUAUCACGAGCUCACCACGAUAGAUCGACCGCCUCGAAAUCUGUAGAGCCACUUAUGAGACCUAAGACGCCAGCUGAGGCGCCAAGCACCUUGCCCCAAGAAGAGGAUAGCAUAGAACCGCUUCUUGUCUCUUCAGCAAGAGACAUUGAUGAUAUGACGCGUGCUAUGCUUCCUUGGUUCGAGGGCAAAGAAUCUGAAGAAAACUGGAUUAAACGUGAGAAGAAUUGUAUUCUUCUCCGAAGACUCACUCGCGGUAAUGCGCCUCAGGAAUUCACUCAGACCUUUGUCAGCGCCACAAAGACCCUCCUGGACGGGAUUUUCAAGGCAGCAACCUCUCUCCGAACAACAUUGUGCACCAAUGGCUGCCUUUUGAUGCAGGAUAUCGCCCGAGUCUGUGGUCCAAAGAUUGACUCAAUGGUUGAGAUCAUCAUGCAGAACUUGACAAAGUUAUGCGCAUCUUUGAAAAAAAUCGCGGCUCAGAACGGGAAUUCCACGGUUGAGGCUGUUAUUGAGAAUGUGACGUUCAACGUGCGACUUUUGCAGCAUGUCCACAUGGCAUCACAAGAUAAAAAUCUACAGCUGCGAUUAUUCGCGCCUGCAUGGCUUCGGACCUUGAUUAUCCGACAGGCGAACCAUAAGGGUUCUGUCGAGCAUGGUGGUGGUCUGGAUCUUGUUGAGAAAUCGAUUAAGAAAGGACUAGGCGAUGCUAACCCGGGUGUGCGAGAGGCAAUGCGCAGUACAUUCUGGACAUUCUAUGGCGUAUGGCCCGAGAGAGCCGAUGGGAUUAUGGACACCCUUGAUGCCAAAUCACGCGGUCUUUUGGAAAGGGACUCGUCAAACCCAAAUGCAAGUGUGACCUCAAAAACUUCGGCUCCUGCAAAGAGCGCAACUGGUGGAGCUGUCAGUCGCUCCGCCCUCAAAGAAGCUAUUGCGGCUCGUAGGAAGGCGGCUAUGCCUUCUCGCCCAGACUCUGCACAGUCUGCCCUCUCGGAAAGCCAAGCAUCAGAUGCUGGACACAAAUCAUCCAGUAGGACUGUACCUACAGGCGCACCUCUUUCUUCUUUGUCAUCUGCACCCAUGCGACCUGCUAUGAAGCCUCGUCGACCUGAGGUGAGUCGCCCGGCAACUGCUGACCCUUAUGCUCGUCGACCGGAAUCCAGAGCUGCCCAAACGACUAGCAAGCUGCCGGUCAGUCCGAGAUCUGUGCGGUCGAAAACAUCAACACCAUCUUCAAGACCUAUCAAUCCGCCUCGUCUUCGGCCCCACGAGGGACCCGGUCAAACGGGUACGACCAGGGGAAAACCUAAGAAGCUUGACUUGUCAAAAUCAAAGUCCCAUGGUGAUCUUCACGCAGCAACCCUGGCCCCAAGUGACUCCAAUGAAAGCUUGAUAAAUCAGCCAUCUUCACAUCCCCAUGAUAUCGACCCACCGAUAACAGCUGAGGUAUUGAAUUCCCCUGCACCUGUUGUUCUAGAAAGGCUCCCGCUUUCUGCGGCGCAAUCAUCAUAUCUUCAUGGCGACUCCCCGAAGCCUGAUCUUGACUUGGUUCCAGAACCAGAGUCUUUGGAAGCAUCAAAACCACAGCCGCCUGAGGAGCAGCCAUUCGAGGAGCAGCCGUUCGAGAAGCAGCCAUUUGAGGAGCAGCCAUUUGAGGAACAGCCAUUUGAGGAGCAGCAAUUUGAGGAGCAGCCAUUUGAGGAGCAGCAAUUUGAGGAGCAGCCAUUCGAGGAGCAGCCAUUCGAGGAGCCUAAUCUCCCCAGAUCAGCAACUGCAACCCCGUUAAAGCAUUUUGAUCUAGUAUCUGACACUGAGUUUGCUGCGAAGAGCCACCCCGAAGAAAUGAUCAUAUAUGAGGAUCCUACCACGCCCGUUGCUACUGAACCAUUGACUCCUACGAUUGAUCACGUUGAGCCUUCCACUCCCAUAAAGUCUCCAUACCAUGCCGAUGAUCAAGAGAGUGACAUCGACUCUAUGGUAGAAGACCAAAUUGCUGCGGCCACGUCUACCAGAACACCUCGCUCGGGGAUGGGAAUGCUUGGCUCUGAUGGGGCUAGUGAAAUUCGUCUCCCAGCGCCAAUGCAUAGGACACCUCUCCGUGGAAGCCCUUCGCCUACUAGGAGUCGGGCACAAGCAACGCCCAGCGGACCAGGCGUAAGACUUGAUUCUACUUCGCAUCCCGUGAGUGAAUUACAUAGCUUGCCAAAAACCCCCAACAAAGAGAAUGCAAUUUCAUACACGCCCAAGGUCGCAACCCCACGAUCGACGCCUAAAACAGGUGCCUUGGAGGAGGUCACCUUUCGGAUCUCCACGGGUGACUGUCCAACCCCCCUUCGACGUGCUCGAAAGUGGGCCGAGAGGCACCGGAGCCCAAGCCCUCGAUCCAAAGACCCGGCCAAUGCGAGAGAAAUGCUUCAAAAGGCCAAUAGUCGAAUUACUGCGAAGACGAUGGAUAUUUCUGGCUAUAGAAAGCUGCAAGGUCUCUUUCAAUACCACGGCCUAGACCUUGUUUCUCGCGAAAAGGACUACUACGCAGUUUUAAAUGCCUUGUUGAAUGAAUUGGAGUCGGCUCCUACCAGUCGCAAGGACCACGAUGUGAAAACCCAAAUUCUGGCGACCAUACGGUCUAUGCUUCUCCGAACUAGCGACCUGUUCCAUAAGUAUGAUGUGCCUGCAGUGGCGGCUAUCAUUCGGACUCGUCAUCACUACGAGUCAAAUUCUCAUUUUGUCACCUGCCUGGAGGAGGUGGAAGAGCAGUUGGUUUCCUUGAUCCCAACCCAGUCAGCUAUUGAUGGUGCACUACAAGCAAUGGAGCUAGGGGAGGAGGUGGAUGGCGAGGAAGCGUCUCGGACAUUGAUCAUGGGCAUGAAUACCAUUAAACAGGCACUUUCACAAGGCCCAUCUGAGAUAUCUGAUGAUACCCUUGCAAGUAUCGGUGCAGUGGCUGGUCAGCAACUGAACCACGCUCGUCCAGGCGUGCGCAAGGCAGCUACUGAGCUGUGUACACAGCUUAACCUCAAAUUUGGCCUAGAUCGGGUCCAAAAGCUGACCCAGCCGGCUGGAGAAGGAUCUCUCAACCUCCUCACUUACUUCAUGGCGCGCGCUCGAUAA